UGGGGAGGUGGGGGUGUGGCCUCCUGCAGCUCCUGCUCCGCUGAAGGGAAACUCCUGGUCAGUGGAGCUGAACUCAGUGAGAGCAGCAGCUGCAGCUUGUCCUCCUCCUCUUCAUCCUCCUCCUCCUCUUCAUCAUGGCCGCUGCCUCCAAGUCGUCCCAGACGGCGAAGAACGUGGUGAUCGCCCUGCUGGCGCUCUGGUCCGUCAUCUCUCUGGUGGUCAUCGUGGUGUGGUCCACGUCUCCGGACCUGAAGAGCGCCGCCCAGUGCCGCCUGGAGCUGCAGGACAAGACGGAGAAGCUGGAGGGAGCCAAGGUGGUGUGGGGGCAGAACAAGGUGGCGCUGGAGGAGAUGGUGGAGGCGUCCAGGGAGGAGCAGGCCCGCCAGAGGAGCAGCAUCCUGCUGCUGCUGGGACACCUGAACGCCACCAACGCCACGCUGGAGGAGUGUCGCCACGACAACGUCGUCCUGAACGGGAACAUCAGCGCGCUGCAGGAGGCGGUGGAGCAGCUCCGCCAGACGGAGGCCAACCUGACGGCCAUCAUCGACCUGCAGGAAGACCGCAUCGACCUGCUGCAGCAGAACGUGACGCUCGCCGUCCAUGAGACCGAGUCGUGUUUCAGCCUGAAGGCGGCAGCAGAGAGUCAGAUGUUGGCGGCUCAGAGUCAAACCAGAGCCUGUCAGUCCCAGCAGCAGUACCUGCAGAAACAGCUUCAGAAGUGUAAGGACGCGGCGACGCCUGAAGUCCCUGAGCAGACGCCGCAGCAGGACGCCGCCGCCCCGCCCUCGGGCGCCGCCUCGCCCCUCGCUGGUAUUCCGGCGCUGACGCUGCUCGUCUGCGUCGUUCUGCAUCUGAUUACCUGAGCGCGGCGAGGCGGCGACCUGUCGGGCGGCGAGCACUGUGGUCCAGGACGGCGAGGGGGGCGGAGCCUGGACAGACCUAAUGACUGCUGUACAAACAAACCGACAGAUCGCCAUGGAGACGCUGACGUGUCACGCUGUCGUGUGAUUGGACAGAAACUUUUGCUUUGACUUGAACAGCCGAGACGUUUACUGACUGCAGCUUCACCACUGUUUCAUUCAUGUUAAAUAUUAUUGUUGUUAUUAUUAUUCAGAAUUUAAUCCUCCGUCAGCUUUUCUUUGGAUUUUAAAGUCGUGAUGCGUUUGAGACUGUUGGAGAAACUCUGGUGCGUUCAGGGACAUCAGAGCUUUCAGAACUAAGAAUCACAUUUAUUUUUGUAUCAUGAAUCCUGCAGGUGUUUCUCUGCAGAGCCAGCAGGGGGCGCCACAUACACACUCUGAAUCAAACGGCGGUGGGUGCGUUGAACACGUUGCCAUGGACGCCGGCGCCGUUUUAUAACCACGCCGCUUCUGAUUGGUUCAAACUUCUGACACGAUAGAAAACGAACCUCUAACUGUCUGACCUCGCUUCAGGAAAAUACGUCGUUCAACACGCAAACGGAGCAAAACGAUGCACACCGUUUUCAGAUUGAUCGUGCCCCGGCAGUGUUACAACACAGACAGGAAGUUUACCUUUCACAAUAAGAGCAGAUUAAAGUGCGUAAUUAAAUAAUACACAUACUGACAGUGGCGUCACCCACUCGUUCAUGUGCAGAAAGUCCAACUGAAGAGACGUUUAUGAUCGACCAAAAAGUUCCAGGUUAACUCUGAAGUGACCUGUCAAUCAUGCUGUAGCCCCGCCCCUAACCCCUCCCCUUCUCUCUGGUCUAUUUUCUCUCUAAAUGGAUCAUAAUUUACCAAAUUAUCAUCAUGCUGUACUGAAGAAGACUUGAAACUGACGGCUAAGAGCAUAAACUCAUUAUGAGAGUGUUUACUGAGAAAUCAUGUUCUCAUAGACUUCUAUACGAUGUCAGACAGAAUGCAGGUUUGAGAGGUCAUGUUGAAUUUCUCUGCUGGUUAAUAAUAAAGAAACAAUUAAAUCAAAGAAAGACUGACGGAGGAAAGAGACGAGCAGGAGAGAACGUGGAAAUUAUUUUAGUUCAGUUUCUGUUCACACCUGACGGUUAAAUCUGGUUUUAAUCAGCUGGAAUAGAUUCAGGGAGAAGGAAUGGAGAUAAUGAUAUAUAUAUGGAGAUAAUGAUAUAUAUAUAUAUAUAUAUAUAUAUAUAUAUAUAAAAUGUUUUGUAUAUUUUGCUGCCAAUCCUAUUGAUCAGGAUCCAGGUUUCAACCGUCUGGUUUCUCUUUUUUUGUGUUCGACAAUCAAUUUUCCUUUUUUAUUUUGGUUCUAACUCAGUUAUAAAGUCACAUUUUUUGUCGUUUAUUUAUCCUGCAUGAAACAACAUGAGGAGAAGAAUCUCAGACAUGCUUUCUGUAGUCCAUCUUCAGAACUUUGUAGUUUCAACACAGCAGACCAACGUCAGUUAAAUCUCCCGUUUGCGGUCAUCUUUUCUCACAUAUUCUCUUUCAAAUCUCUCCUCGACCUCCUGAUGUUUUCCAUCAAAGCUCCAGAAGUAACGUUAGGAAAGAAAGUGGAGAUCAGUAAUUUUUCGACUGUAGGAAGCAGAACGUUGAGACAAAAUGUUGAAUGAGGAAUCAGCGGCUCUUUGGAUCUAACGAGAAAACUUUAAAGCCAAAAAUAGGACAAUUUUUUCAGCUUUAUGGUCAAUAAGUCAUCACUAAAAAGUACCAAGUCACUGCUUUGCAAAACAUUUAAAACCCUUUUAUAAUAAACAAGCUUAAUGCCACUUUUUGACUAAUCACCUGCUGCCUGACAGAAUCAAUCAAUAUGUAAUUUUCCCACUUUUUUAUGAUCCUGCUUGAGGAUUUCUGAAACAUCAGCAGAUCUGAUCAGCUGAUCCAGACUGUCAGCUGUGAACAGACUCAAUGUGUGAAUGAUUUUUUUUUGUCAGUUUGUUACUUUUUUUAAGCCGGAGAUUUAUUUUAUCGGCUGUUUAACGACGUGUUUGUGCAUCGAGAGCAGAAACGUUCAAAUUCAUGAAUCAUAAAGAUUUCUUUAUUGAUUACAAUAACAUUUUGAACAGCUUCUCCCCAUACGUCUUUAUAGCUAUAAACACAUAAAUAACAACGUAUAAAAAUAUAGAAAAUACC